UAAUCUGUUUGUAAAAACGUCGUUGAUUACAUAACUGCUGGAAUGAAAAGAGAAAGGAAGGGGUUGUUCCCAACGAUAUACAGUACAUGCAAACUUCAGUUACUCGGGAGACCCGCCUGCAGCCAGUAGGGAUCCGCUAGAGUAGCUAAACCCCCUUCAGUUUGUUUUUUUUUUCCAAGAGGUUUGUGCUAAUUGGCCCGGGCUUGGUCCCAGUGCUACUGUGUAAAGCCAAGGAUUCCUCCAGCGGUCACUCAACUCGGGCAUUCACAAGUUUAAGGACUUGACAAAAGCGGGUUGUCCUACUUGAAUCUGGCUCUGCUAACGACACCACACUGGGGACAGAACAGUUAAAGCAACAGCGAUAACGAUUUUAUCUUGAGUGAAAGCUUUUAAAAAAUUGAAAUUAUUACACGGGGGUUCAGCGCACCGAACUGGAUUUUAUUUGCGCUUUUUUUUGUCUUGGUGCAACAUGUUGUCCCCUCGGUGCUGCAGAAGCAGGGCUUCUCGUUAUAUCGGACAGACAUGUUCUCUCUUCGCUGUACUGUCAGGGAUUUUAGCAGGGCUGGGCAGCUGCACGACAUACGGAUUCACACAAGGGACCCCUUUUGAAGUUGUCCACCCUGUUAGAGUGGAUGAAGCUGGGCAGUUUGUCUCCCACUCUGUGUCCCGUCGGGUGAGCAGGAUUCACAAGCGGGACCUGAGCUCCGAGGACAGCAGCAGUGCUCCUGUUUACUACAAGCUCCAGCACAGCGGGCAGGACCUGCUGUUCAACCUGAGCAGAAAUCCUCACCUGCUGGCUCCCGGCUUCGUCUCUGAGAGAAGGUACGGGGGCCUGGCUGGGGCCAAGAUUCGAACCCGCAGCCAUUACUCCUGUCAAUUCAUUGGAGAGGUGCAGGGCCAGGCUGCCACCAGGGGGAUGGCGGCUAUCAGUACCUGCAACGGGCUGAUGGGUGUUUUCCAGCUUUCCAAUGAAGACUUCUUUAUCGAACCUCUGGGAGGAGAGGGGCAGGAGGAUGGAGCAGCACAGCCGCAUGUUAUAUACAAACGGCACGCCGCUGAGAGGGGAGGAGAGAGAGGGAGUGAGCCACCCCGCCAGAGCAGCGUCAGCGAGGACCCCAGCGUUAACGGGACCUGCGGAGUGAAAGAGUCCAGGAGGAUCCGGGAGACGACGGAGGAGAGGCGGGUGAAGUGGGAGCAGAAGCAGCGUCGGCACAGGCGGAUCCGCCAGCGCUCCAUCAGCAAGGAGAAGUGGGUGGAGACGCUGGUGGUGGCCGACACCAAGAUGGUGGAGUACCACGGGAGCGAGCAUGUGGAGGACUAUGUGCUGACCGUCAUGAACAUGGUUGCAGGAUUGUUUCAUGAUGCCAGUGUUGGAAACUCCAUCCACAUUGUGGUGGUUCGUCUGAUCUUACUGGAGGAAGACGAGGAGGACCUCAAAAUAACCCACCACGCGGACAACAGCCUCACCAGCUUCUGCAAGUGGCAAAAGAGCCUAAACAUGAAGGGAGACGCCAACCCCACACACCACGACGUGGCUGUGCUGCUCACCAGGAAAGACAUCUGCGCUGCCAUGAACAGGCCCUGCGAGACGCUGGGUCUCUCCCACGUGUCGGGCAUGUGUCAGCCCCACCGCAGCUGCAGCAUCAACGAGGACACCGGACUGCCUGUGGCGUUCACCGUGGCACAUGAACUCGGGCACAACUUUGGGAUUCAGCAUGAUGGGAGCGGGAAUGACUGUGAGCCGAUUGGGAAAAGACCUUUCAUCAUGUCUCCACAGCUCCUGUACGGCAACGCCCCGCCCAGCUGGUCCCGCUGCAGCCGGGAGUACAUCACCCGCUUCCUCGAUCGAGGCUGGGGGCUGUGUCUGGACGACCCCCCGGUCCAGGACGUGAUCGAGUUCUCAGCAGUGCCCCCCGGAGUGCUCUACGAUGCUGCUCACCAGUGCCGCCUGCAAUACGGCUCCAGGUCUGUCUUCUGCGACGAUAUGGAUAAUGUCUGCAGCACUCUGUGGUGCACUGUGGGUAACACCUGUCACUCAAAGCUGGACGCAGCGGUGGACGGAACGAAGUGUGGCUUAAACAAGUGGUGCUUCAAUGGCGAGUGUGUCGCUGUGGGGUAUCGCCCCGAGAGCGUCAAUGGGGGCUGGGGGUCUUGGAGCAGCUGGUCAGCCUGCACUCGGAGCUGUGGUGCUGGGGUGCAGAACGCAGAGAGGCAGUGCAACAACCCUGUCCCAAAGUAUGGUGGAACAUACUGCCUUGGUGAGCGGAGACGGUACAAGAUCUGCAAUACUGACUCUUGCCAGUCGGAUAAACCUUCCUUCCGUCACAUCCAGUGCAGACAUUUCGACACCAUGCCUUACAAAGGGAAACUCUACAAGUGGAUCCCAGUGAACAACAGAAUUAACCCCUGUGAGCUGCACUGUCGCCCGCUCAGCGAUUAUUUCUCAGAGAAGAUGCUGGACGCCGUCACGGAUGGGACGCAAUGCUACGAGGGCAGCAUCAGCCGGGACAUGUGCAUCGACGGCAUCUGCAAGAACGUGGGCUGCGACUACGAGAUCGACUCGAACGCAGUGGAGGAUCGCUGUGGGGUCUGCCACGGGAACGGCUCCACAUGCGAGACGGUGAAGAAGACCUUCGAGGAGAGCGAGGGGAUGGGCUACGUGGAUAUCGGGCUGAUCCCAGAGGGGGCGCGGGAGAUCCGUAUUGAAGAAGUGGCGGAAGCUGGGAACUUCCUAGCCUUGCGCAGCCAGGACCCAGAGAGGUAUUUCCUGAAUGGGGGCUGGACGAUCCAGUGGAACGGGGACUACAAAGUAGCCGGGACCACCUUCACCUACGAGAGAAGUGGAAACCUGGAGAAUCUGACCUCACCUGGGCCCACCAGGGAGCCCGUCUGGAUCCAGCUGCUGUUCCAGGAGACAAACCCAGGGGUCCGUUACGAGUACACCAUCCGGAAGGACUUGGACAACGAUAACGAAAUCCAGCCCCCGGAAUUCUUUUGGCUGUACGGCUCCUGGAGUGCAUGCAGCGCUUCCUGUGGGACAGGUGUUCAGAGGCAGGUUGUGCACUGUUUGGAGAGGAUUGCUGGGAUAGUGGAGGAGCGGUACUGUGACCCCGCCACACGACCUGACGACAAGCAGGCCAGCUGCAACGAGGAGCUCUGCCCGGCCAGAUGGUGGGAUGGAGAGUGGCAGAAGUGCUCAGCUAGCUGCGGGGACACUGGGCUGAUGAAGAGAACCGUUCUUUGUAUUCAGAGCGUCGGGACGGAUGAGCAGAGGGCUCUGCAGCCUUCAGAAUGUCAGCACAUCCCCAGGCCAGAGGCCAUUGCCCACUGCAACAGGGAGCAGCCCUGCCCUGCUCAAUGGACUGUGGGCAACUGGUCAGAGUGCUCUGAAACUUGUGGUGGUGGAAUACAAAGACGUGCCGUAGGCUGCAGUAAAAACACAGGCGCUGAUUGUGAGCCCAGAGAAAAGCCUAUAUCAGAAACAACAUGCAACCCGCAGCCGUGUCCCAAGAAGGUGGAGAUCUUUGGAUCAGAGUGGUCUGGAAGUGGAUCAUCAAGCAAAGAACUGUUCAAUGAAAUCGACUUCAUUCCCAAUAACGACAACUAUCAACACCCCGUGCCAGAGCAUGUGAUUCCCAAAUCGCACCGGCCAGACAAAUAUGACGAUCUGAACAAUUUAAUUGAAGACGAUGUUAUCAUCCAUAACCGUAUAGAGCCAACUGAUGAUAAGGGCUCCUCCCCCGGCAAAAAUGUGUUUGUGGAUGAUUUUUACUACGACUACAACUUCAUCAAUUUCCAUGAAGAUCUGUCUUAUGACCCUGUCGUCAAAGAAAAAGGAGAAGAAGAAAACAUCAAAGGAAAGAAACCGGGAGUAAAUAGCGUGGGUGGAGAAUCUGACCAAAAUUCACAUCUGAUAAAUGGCAUUGAUGAAGAAUCAUUGGGUCGUCCCAAAGACAACACGACAUCAGCCAUCCCAGAGGAGUCUGAUGCUACAUCAGAAGACUCGCAUCCCACUCUAAAUACACCAUACAAUAGUGUGCUGAUCGAACAAGAGAAUAAGAAUCUCCUGGGUGGGGAAAACGACAAACAUAAUGAAGCAAAGGAAAGCCCAUAUGAAGAACAGGAGACUGAAACAAUAAAGCCAGACCUAGCUGACACUGAAAAGGAGGACGAAGAGAUAUUCUACUUAAUUAACCAUCUGCUACCGGUUGUGAAUCAUACAAAGCAAUAUUUGGAUACAGCGAUACCCAAUUCUUCAGAUAACGAGAAGCAGCCAAAUGGAGGCCUGGCUCCAACAGAUAGUCCAAGUGAGGUAGCUGUGACCGAGAUCCUUCAUAGCAGCCGUUCUAUAAUCCCUCACAGCACUGGUACUGAAAGCUAUGAGACAGACCUCACCGAGGAAGAUAUCCAUGAGCAGAGUUUAGAGGAAGCUGAUGACGGCGAUGAUGAAAACCCACAGGAAGAAUACGAGAGUGAAGAUAAUGAUUUUAAUCAAGAGGGUUUCAGUGAAACAGAUGAAAGCGAUGACGUCGAUGAAGAUGUGAGUGAAGGUCUAAACGGCAUUAUUGACGAUGAGGAGGAUAUUAUUGAUGAUCUCAUUUUAAGAAUUGGAGAGGAUGAUGAAACGGGAGAUGAGGACAUUGAUUCCAGGAAUGAGAAUGAUUUCAGUCGGGAUGGCAUGAAUGUGAUUGAACAAGAUACUGCAGUAGGAGAUAGCAAUGAACAUCUUCCCAAAAAUAUUGAACUGGAAAGGUACUUGACAUCCGAGGAGCCCCCUGAAACCCCCCUAGAAUUGUCUGAUGAACUGUAUACUCCAAUCAUUUCUUCUUCUGAAGCCAUCCCUUUUACCUCAGAGCCACCAAUAACAACUAUGCCAAACCAGUACAAUUUAACUCCUAUUUCAGUGGGACUUGCAUUUGAUGGACAGGACUCAGGUCAUUAUAAUAAAGUAGGCGAUCAUGAGUAUGACCCUUCAGAUUCAGAACCAGAUUCUGCAACACGAAGAACAAAACCAACAACAGAAAAAAUUCAAACCACAGCUUUCUCCAUGCUCCACACUCCAGAGCCACUCCCUCCCAUUAUAGAGCAUCCAGCAGGGCACGGUUAUCCCCAGCAUACCAGACGUGAAUCCAACAGCCAGCCACCACAUAACAGGCCCUUUGAAGAAGAUCCGUUAGAUUCACAGACAGACUUCUAUUCCACAAGUUCACCCCCAGUUACAGUAACUCAGUUGGGGUUUCCACAAGGUGAAGUCUAUGGGGUUCCAGCUUCUGCAGAUGAUUUUUACCAAAAACAUGUAACUGCUCAGCCUUCUCAGGGGACACCCAAGAAGAAUAAAGCCCUCACCACCACCACCACCGCCACCAGCACUACAGAGUGGCCGGAGAUUGAUGCCAAUGAAAUCGUAGUUCCCGAGCACAUGCUGAGGCACAGGCACGAAGACAGAGAGCACCAAACUACAGAUGCACCUGACAGUUCAAGCCAUUCCAGUAGGUACCAUCUUCAGAGGAAUCUUCAAGAGCCGUCCACGACAGCACUUGCAAAUCCAACAGAGCCUCUGCUGUCUACACAGUCGGCCAACAAAGACACAAGUGCGGCUGCUUUCUGGAGCGUGAGCCACUGGAGUGCAUGCUCCACGAGCUGUGGUCUGGGAGCGAUUUGGAGGACAGUGCAGUGCAGCAGCCUCCGGGACACUGACUGUGACAUCACCAAGAAGCCAGCCCCUGCCCGGAGGUGCUACCUGAGACCCUGCUCGGCAUGGCGUGUGGGAGAAUGGGGCAAGUGUUCCAGUAACUGUGGGGGAGGGAUGAAAGUGCGUGAAGUGCAGUGCACUGACACUCGAGACCGGAGGCCAUUGAGGCCCUUCCACUGCCAGGCAGUCUCCCACAAGCCCCCGCUGCAGAUAUCCUGCAACUCCAGACCCUGCAUGGACUGGUACACCUCGUCAUGGAGUGAGUGCUCAGAACUGUGUGGAGGAGGGGAGCAGGAGCGCUUCGUCACCUGUCCCGAGGUCGGAAGAUGUCAGGAGUCCAUGCAACCCAACAGCACCAUGGGGUGUAACAUGCACCCCUGCACCAAGUGGGUGGUGGGGUCCUGGGGCCAGUGCACUGCUACCUGUGGAGGGGGGAUACAGCGGCGACUGGUGAAGUGUAUCAACACCAAGACCGGCGAUGCUGAGGAGGACAGCAGCCAGUGUGACCAUGAGCCCUGGCCAGAGAACACACAGAAGUGCAACACGCAGGAGUGCAACAAUGCCGAACCAAGUCACACUUGUGUAAGAAAUCGCCUGACCUUCGGUUUCUGCCAGACCCUGAAGCUCCUGGGACGGUGCCCCCUCCCUACUGUCCGGGUGCAGUGCUGCCAGACCUGCACUGUGGGGGGCCACGGGGUCCGAGAACGGGGCAACGAGCGUGCCACACGUAGAUGAAUCUUGUGAGUCACAUGGGGAACUGGUUCUAGAACUCUGCAACACAACGGAAUGUGCAAGCUGCUGAUGUAUGCUUCCAGCCCCUUCUGACUAAUACGUUCAAUUCAAUAUUUAAGGAGAUCUAAAGGAGUAAGUACCACUAUUCUAACACUGCAAUGUUAUGCUGGAGGUAUGUUACCUAUGGUACUGGGAUUUUUCUUCAUUCCAGUUAACACACAAUACAUAACAUAUAGAGAGAGCACUCCAGAGCGGUAAUGAGGUGUUGCUUCAUGAAAGUUUGUGUACUAUUCUAGUAAAGUACACUGGACAGUAAGGAAAGCAUGUUUGAAACUAAAUUAAACAAUUUCAUUUGGGGCAUGGCUUUCCUUUUAUUAGCUGGAUUUGAAUGAAUGCAAGAUUGAUUCCACUGUAUAUCUUCACACAGUAGCACUGCUCACGGAAAAGUAUUUUUCUUGAUGUAUACACAGAUUUAUUUUUUUGUAUAAUACAGUACGGCCAAAUAAUGGGAGCAGUUGUCUGAUUAUGUGCAAUGAUGUGCUUUAAUUAAACUAAACCCUGUAGCUUGUUCUGUUUCAACCAUUGACCUCAGCUUCUAAAUGAUCAUCUGGAAUAUUUAGUCCAAACCCUGUAUAUCUAUAAAGGGUGUGCACACUGCUCUUCUGUUGGUAUUCGUUCUUGCUCUUUUGUUUUGUCAUGGUUUUUGUAAUUUCUUUUUAAACUAUUUAAAACUUGUUUUGUAUUCCCAUCAAUUCCAAGAUUGUAAUAAUAAAAAUAAUAAAAAAAACAACAGCAGUUUUAACUUUCUUUGAAUACUCCAGAUCAUUAAUGGGACACAUAGGCAGGUCUGUUUUGAUUGAAUAUGUAUCUAUAAUAUUAAAAUGGCAUAAGGAAUGUGUCAGAACCUGGACUUACAGUUUACAGAUACAGUUUACCAUGCAGGCUGAACAAGAUAACAACCGUCAAUAACGAUAAGAACAGAAGAAAGGUUUGAGAAGAAGAAAAGACAAAGAAGGACGUUGCUUUU